AUUAUUACUUUUAACAAUUUUUACAUAUUAAUUAGCUGGAUCAAUGUUUUCCAUAUGAAAAAUUCUAACCUAUGAACCCAGAAACUUGAGGUAUGAUAAAAGUUGAAAUUGUAGUCAUCGCUUAGGCAUAACACCACUAAAUAUUCGUGUAUUGAUUACUGCUCAGUGAAUUCCCGGUUGGAGGUUCGUUUGAAACGGCAGUAUAAAACUCACAAAGUUCAGACCAUGGCAGUUGGUGGUCGGAAGGACCCGUCUUAUUCAAACUCUCUCCAGCACGGAUGUGAUUUCCUCCACGACUUUACAUGCUCACCGUGUGAAAAUGAAGGGAAAAACACAGAAGCAGUCAAGUUCUGCAUGGACUGUGACGAAUAUUUAUGUAUUUCCUGUCUCAAUGGUCAUAAUCGUUACGGAGGAACGAAAGGACACCGCGUUGUUGACCCAGCCAAUACGAACCGCUCCCGUGUACAAGUAAACCGGAAAGGUUCCGACGUGCAAAGUAUUACAGUGACCUGUUCCAAGCACGGCGGGAAAGUUGUAGACAUGUUCUGUGGUGAUCAUGACGAGGUUUGCUGCGCUGACUGUCUCCAGCUAGAACAUAGCUUCUGUCCAGACACAGCAUAUAUACCUGAUAUAUCAAAAGGAUGCAGAAAGAGUAAGGGAUAUAUGCGACAAAAGAUGGAGAGACAGAACAUAAUGUCAGAACUCGAAUCAAUUAAAGAAAAGAAGAACGCAAAUGUAGAAGUACUGGAAUUGCAAAAGGAAGAUAUACUGACGCGAUUUAAACAAGCAAGGGAAGACAUGCUAAAACAAUUUGAUGAUCUUGAAGCACGUUCCAUUAGUGAUGUUGAAGACAAAUUCCAGCAAAACGUUUCAAGUUUAAAUGAUGACAUUGAAAAAGUUGUCGUGGUUUGCGACACAUUACGAAGCAGUGCUGAUGAAUUAAAAAAUGAACAGAAUGACACCCAGGCCUUUGUUCUAUUAAAAGCCGAAAAGAAACAUAUGUUGGAUAUAAAAGAUUCAGUAGAGAAAUUAAAAUCAAAGAAUUCGUUGAAAUUAGAUUACAAAUUAUACGAACAAGUAGACAAAUGUCUUGUCAGUUUAAAUGCUCUUGGAAGAUUUACAAGUAACAAAGUGAAAAGUAAAUCCUUUAGUAUUAAAGAUGAUAAUGAUAGAUUUCGUUGCAACGUAAAAGGCCUAUGUCAGUUAGAUGAUGGGUCAAUUGUCAUAGCUGACGCUGCUAAUGUUAACAUUAUAAAACUUGGACCUUCAUACAGACUUGUAGAAAAAUGUGUUAUGCCGAGCCAACCAUGGUCCGUUUGUAAAUUUUCCAGCAGCGAAAUCGCAGUUUCAUUGUGCAAUGAAAAAAGUAUCCAGUUUGUGAAAGUGAAAGGCAAAAUGCAACUUACAAGGUCCUUUAAGGUGACAGAAACUUGCACUGGACUUACCUCGUCCGGAGACACAUUAUUUGUCGGGCCUUUCAACAGAAAACAAAUUCAAGCUUAUAAUCAAUAUGGAAAACUUCUCAGGACAAUAAAUUUAUCCAUUGGCGUCUCAGGAUUUGAACCUUGGAGCAUUGCAACUUUACAAGGCCUUCCAUCCAUAUAUGUGGCCUCCCGGAAGGAAGGCGUUUUUUCAGUAAAUAUUGGAAACGGCACAUGCGAAAAGUUACGUAUCCCAGACCUUUGCUUUGCAAACGGUAUCACAGUGUCAGAAAAUGGCCACGUAAUUGUGUCAUGCAGUGAGAGCAACAAGAUUUUCUCUUACAACGUGGACGGAAGAUAUCAAACCCUUUUGACUAAAGCUGAUGAUGUCAUUGCCCCGCAGGCCUUGUUCUACAGUCAACAAAAAGGUCUUAUACUGGCAUCUACAGAUACAGAUGCUAUAAGAGUUUAUCCACGAAUCAACCAAGCGCUUGUAUGAAGACGGGCCGUUGACAUUGACUCUUUCAGCGAGCAUUACAGUCACGAAAGUAUACAUGUUCAAAAAGUUUUGAAAUAGUUUCGAAAAGUUUGACCGGAUGUACUCGUCGGGCAUUGCUCUUCACUUGGAAGUGCAAAAUUUAGUCCGUUGUUUUCACAUUUCAUGAAACAGAUCCUUUACCGACAUGUGAUUCUAAGCGAAAA